UUGUUGUGUUUGGUCUUUGGUGGAGAGACACAUGUGCUAAAUUAUCAUCAUUGUUGUUUGUACAGUAUCAAUAAAACUGUCUAAUAAUUUAUAAAUAAUUUUUUAUAAGUAAAAAUAAAUUAUUUAUGGUAUAGAAUUUUUUUGGAAAAUAAUAAAUACAAAUUUAAAAUGGAUCAGGAAUUGAAAAGCAAAAUUGAUGAAGCUUGCAGGACAGCUGAACAGUUUACUAAAUUGUAUUAUGAAAGUUUGGAUAAGAGAAGAUAUCAUAUCGCAAGAUUGUAUCUGGACACAGCUCAAUUGAUAUGGAAUGGAAAUGGAAUUGAAGGCAAAGAUGAGAUUCAAAAAUUUUGGAUAAGUUUACCAGUAUCAAAUCAUUCUGUUUCGUCAUUAGAUGCUCAACCUGUCACAAGUCCAGCAGUUGAAGAACAGUUGACAUUUCUAGUUAAAGUUGGAGGACAAGUUAAAUAUAAUGACAAAGCAUCGAAGCCAUUCAAUCAGGUGUUUUUGGUCACUGCCAAAGGUGAUAAAUGGAAAAUAGUCAGUGAUUGUUUCAGAACUCAAGAGUCUUUGGAAACUGUUGCUGGCUCAAAUUCAAAUUAACGUUUUUUCUUUUAUAAAUUAAUAAAAUACAAUUACAUUUUGAUUCACAUAAAUUUAAAAGUAAAAAAAAUAAACAAAUUUUGUACUGAUAAAUAAUAAAUAAUUAUAAUUUAGUA